CGGUAGCUGGUCUGUCUGUAACCCUCUGAGCUGCAGAGCUAGUGCAGUAACUACAGCCAGGUACUGCUUGGGUACACUAGCGUCCUGUCUGUUGUUACCUUACAGCCAACGCGGCCUUUACGUGUGCUAAAUCAAAUACUGCUUGAUUUGUUUUGGCACCAACCCGCAGCCAUGGCGGCUGAGACCGACAAGGUAGAGCCUGCGGACAGCGACGAAGGAGAAGAUCAGUACGAAGUGGAAAGGAUCAUUGACAUGCGGGUGGAAGAGGGUGAAGUGCUGUACAGAGUGCGGUGGAAGAACUACUGCUCAGACGAUGACACAUGGGAGCCCGAGGCCCACUUGGAGGAUUGUCGCGAGGUCCUCUUAACUUUUAAGAAGACCAUGGCUGAAAUUAAGGCCAAGAAAGAAGCAGAAGCCAAGAAGAGUGUGAAGCUGCUGCCGACAAAGAGUGACGUCUUUGAUGCGGACUCGGAGAGUGACAGUGACAAAGAUCGACCCAGCGUGGCACCCAUCAAGAAGAAAAAGAUGAAGCUAAAGGAAGAUGAGGAGGAGCCACUUUCAAAGGAAAAGAAGAAAAAGAAAAAAGAGAAACGGAAGGAGGAUUUCAGGCCUCUACCGGCACCAGAGACGGACGAAGAAGAGAGAGCACCGACCCCAUCCUCUCCUCCCAUGGAGAAAAAGACCGAUAUGAAAAAGCGAGUGGUUGACUCUGACGAGGAGGACAACGAGCCCGUUCCCCUGAAAAAACACAAGAAGGAAAAGGGAAAAGAUGGAGGAAAGCACAAGAAGGAAAAGGCAGAGGAGGGAAAGAAGAAGAAAGGAAAGAAGGAAAGGAAGAUUGAAACCUCGGAAGACGAGGCUGCUGCACCUCUAGAGGACGACCUAAGUGACGGCCCUUCAGAGUCUCAGGUGGACGAUAGUGCUUCAGCAGACGCAGGGGCAAAAUCAGCCGAAAGGGCCCGUUUGGAGGACAAGGUCAAGCAAAAGAAGGGGAAGUGGGAAGUGAAUCUGCAGGGCAUUAAGGACAUAAUCCAAGACAAAAAGGGCAAAAAGCCAGACACGCCACUAAAAGAAAGCAGCCUCCAAAAACUCAAGAGUCUCACCUCUAAAAGCAAGGAGGAGGCUGCCCCUCACUCAGACUCCAGUGACAGCUCCACUUUACACAGGAAAGCUAAGAGCAAAGGGCAGGAGAGCACACCUGUGCCGCCCAAAGUCCCGUCUUCCUCCACAUCCUCAUCGUCCUCCUCGUCCUCCGUCACAGCAGCUAGCAGCGCUAAAGGUAAGGAGGAAGAGGUGGCUAAAGAGGAGGUUUUGGGACAGAAGGAUGCGACAGGCUCCACUAACCUGUUUGAGAAGUUCCUGUUAAACUGCGAGGCCAAGGACCGUGCCCCCCGAAGGCAGCCAGUACAUCAGCCCACCCCAGAAAAAAGCAUCAGCAAACCCACCAAGGUAAUCGGAAAGAUUGAGAAGCUCUCUAAGGCGACCAAAGAGUCUCCAGCUCAGAAACCAGAUCCUGAGAAGACGGAGAAGACCAAGCAAUCAGAUGCCCCAAAACCUGGACAGAGUCACGGCUUCAGCCUGGACAGCGAUGAGAAGGAAGAUGAACCCUCAGCAAAGCCAAGACCAGGAGAAGAACCCCGGGACAAGAGAGAGAAGCAAGAUGAGGCGCAGCGGCCCAGCUGGGACAGGAGAACGUCAACAGACGACAGGCGGAAGAGGAGAGAGGACAGCGAGCCAAGACUCUUCAUGGCAUGUGAUGACAAUCAGGACAUCCAGGAUCCAGCAGAGGGCGCUGACAAAUCUGACAAGGGCCAUGCAACCUUGAGUCUAGGAAUGGACCUCAACCUGGACUGGAUGACGCUGGACGACUUCCAGAAGCACCUAAAUGGGGAAGAUGAGAUCCUGUCUGGUCCCCCGCUAUCUCCUAGUGAGCUGCGUGAUGCUGUGAAAAGUGGAGAUUACAUGGCAGUAAAAUUGGCACUUAAUUCCAAAGAAGACUACAAUCUAGACCAAGAGGCCUGUACUAUGGGUGAGACGAGGUCAUUUGAAGCAGAGAGGAGCUUGAUUGAAGAGAGAAGUUCGAGUGACCCUUAUAGGUUGACUUCUAACCUUGACAUUGCAAGAAAUGAAGAGGGCACUACAGAAGUAAAAGUGAAUUUUCCACAAGAUUUGGAUUGUCUUAUAGCUGGCGAAAAUAUAAACAGCUCUACUUCUAAUACAAACUCUGAACAAGGGACAAUAAGAGAUCAUGAAAAUAUACAUAAUGCUGGGGAGGAUGGAACUGAAUUCAAAGACUCUGGUUGUAAUUCAGCUACUAAGCAGGAUGAUCAAGAAAAGGAUGACCAGAGGGAUGCACAGGAAUCCGAGAUGUCAGACAACUCAGAGGGUGGUUUAUCAAGUAAAGUAGGUUUCAACACUGAUCAUUCAAAUCAAACCUCACCUGACGGAAGGACACUGACAAGGAGAAGAGAGCAAAAAGAAGUAUCUGCAGAACAAAGCUCAAGUGAGGAAGCGAAUGACUCAAGUGAUGAGACUGAGGAUGUGUUAGAAGGUCAGUCUGAUGGUUCAGAUCAAGGUCUAAAUGAGUCGGACACAAAGGUCAUUGCCAAAACACCGUUAAGACGCAGCAGGCAAACUGUGGAGAGGAAACAACCAACACGAUCCAGUUCAAGGACCUGUAAGAAAGUUCUUGAAACUAAAACCAGCACAGAGAAUGAGGAGAAGAAAGAGUCCUGCAAGAAGCACUUCUGUUUAUAUUGCAAACAGGCUUUCACUCAGAUUGCAAAGCAUUUGGAAAGAAGACAUGCGGACGAAACUGAUGUGUCCCAUGCAAUACACUUUCCCAGAGGUUCCAAAGUCAGACAGACUUUGCUUGACCAAAUUCGUAAUAAAGGAGAUUACGAACAUAAUUGCAAAGUUCUCAAAAGUGGUGAGGGGGAAAUUGUUACAAAGAAACAGGUCAAAAAUCCUGGCGUAUCCGUCCGUGAUUACCUGCCUUGCCAGCACUGCUUUGCGUUCUAUCGCAAAACAGAUUUAUGGAGACAUGAAAGAUCAUGUAAGGCCAGAAAGGGAGAUCAGAAAUUCUCUGAAAACACAAAAAGAAGCAGUGUCCACAGCGCUGCCUCCAGGCUGCUUCCAAUGUCAGAAUUUUUGACUGGAGGUUGUGAGGAAAUCAUCCACAUCAUGCAUCAAGAUGACAUUUCGAGGCUUAUCCGAAAUGACCCUCUUAUUUGUAAAUAUGGCAAUGCUUUGUCUGCUAAGUAUGACCAUGACAAGUCUCAGUUUGCUUAUAUUGCCCAAAAGAUGAGGGAACUUGGCAGAUUUUUGCAAGCUGUAAUUGAGCUUGACCAGAGCGUGAAGUACUUGCAUGAAAUAUGUCAACCAUCCAGAUUUGAAUUAGCCAUUGAAGGAGCCAAAAAAGCGAGUGGUUUUGACCCCAGUUCCAGUAAGUUUAAAACAGUUUCCCUUGUCUCAAAGAUCGGCUAUUCCUUAAAACGAGCUGCAGAGAUAGCUUUUGGGGAAAGUCGAAUGACAGAGGACAGUGAAACUGAAAGUGAGGUGAAAAAGUUCAUACAGCUUCUUGAUACAAAAUGGAAUGGCUGUUUCUCUCGCAAAGCUCUUGCAUUAUCACUAAAGCAAGACGUCAAGAAGGUGGAAGUAGAUAAUUCAACAGUUACAGAAGAUUUGAUAAAACUUCACAGGUUUAUCACAGGGGAAGAAGACGAAGCCAGGAGGGAGCUGACAGACAGUCCUAGUUUGUCAACGUGGAAAAAGCUCAGUGAGGCUACUCUAGCAGAUGUAUGUCUGUUUAACAGAGGAAGGGUAGGGAAUAUUGGCAGAAUUCCCUUGCUAACUUACACUCACAGAAAGAGUAGGGACGCAUUUGUUCCCUCUGCAGAUCAAAUAAGAAGAAGCACAAAAUUGGAGCUGGAGCUUGGUGCCAGUUUUACAAGGUUGGAGCUAGAGGGUCAGUCUGGUAGGAACAUGCUGGUUCUGCUCACUGAAAGGAUGGUUUCAUCAAUCGAAUUAAUCGUUGCAAAUCGAGAACAAGCUGGUGUGGCAAAAACCAACCCAUACCUGUUUGCACGGACUGAAGGUCCAUCCUUUAUCAGAGGAUUGGAUUGUUUUCGAAGGGCUGCAAUGGAAUGUGGAGUUAAAAACCCAGAAGCACUCCUGUCCUCAUCAUUAAGAGAGCAAAUAGCCAGUUGCUGGCAGCUUAUGAGCCUCAGUGAAAGUGAAUUGGAUCAAGUGGCCAUGCUGGUCAAUAGGAGCAGCCAGGAGUGUUACAGGCUCUCAGAUGAUGCAUCACAGCUGGAGGAAGUAAGCAAACAGCUUCUCAAGCUGGAUCGAACACUACCAUCAAGUCAGUCAAGCACUACAACAGAUGGAGUAAAAGAGGACUCUACUCUUCUUUCUAUCUUCUUAGGAACGGCACAAAAGCCUGCUUUGAAGAGAAGACCUUGGAGUGAGAAGGAGCAGGCAGCAGUGAAGAGUUACUUGAAUGAAUUCAUCACAGCAAUGAAGGUUCCGGGCAAAAAGGAGUGCAAUGCUUGCAUAGCUGCUGAACCAGAUCUUUGUGGAAGGUCUUGGACAGAUGUCAAAAACUAUGUGCACAACACACUACAGACCGUACGGAGGAGAAGUAGGUCUGAAGGAAAUAUAAAUGAGAGUCCAAAAGCUGGAGGCCAAACACCAAAAACCGAUUUGGAAGACACAAACAUCUGUACUAUGACAACAGUGAAUCCAGAUCAUAUAAGAGAAAGUUCAGACUGUUGUAUGACAAUGUCGUCACCAACCAACUUGAGAGACUCGACAACACUGUACUCACAAGACUUGACUCAGAGUUAUGCAUCUUUGUGUUCUACUAGUACAAAUUUGGUCCAUUCGAGUCAACAAUUGAUUUCUUCUUUCACACCAUUGAAUGCUACUGAUACACAAGUGGUUCCUACAUUCACCCCACACAACACUACAAACCCAUUAAUGUCUCCGGGAUACACAUCAGAGAGCAUGAUCAUGCCAAUGUCUCCCUCUUAUGUACAGAAUAACACAAAUAUGCCACCCCCAUCUGUGUAUACGACACAGGACACUACAAAUUUACCUCUGAUUCCUAAUUAUAGCACCCUCACUGCCCCAAGUACCUCAAUGAGUCCUUCUUAUACGUCAUUAAACACAGCAAGUGCACAAAUGAUCCCUGCAUUCUCAACAUUGACUGAUAGAAAUAGGCCUAUCGUUUCUUCCUUCACAGCUUUGAACCAUCCAAGUACACCAACUUACCUCACAACCCAACCUAGGGCUCCUACAACUGCACAGGUUGUCCCAACCAUCCAUAGACCCAAUGCUCCUGACAGAAUACCAGUGGUACAGGACAGCACGGGAAAGUCCACUGCAGGAAAACGAGGCACUCCCGCUGUUAAGCCUCAGAAGAGAAAUAAGCGGUUGUGGAGUGAGGAGGAACAGGCGGCAGUGAGGCGUCAGUUUGGAGACUUUUGUAAACUGGUGAAAGUUCCAGGCAAAAAGGAUUGCGAUGCAUGCUUAGCUGCAGAACCAGCCUUGAACACAAGAACAUGGAGGGAAGUCAAAUACUAUGUACAUAACUCAAUUCAGUCCUUGAAAAGAAGAGGACAUCCAGUUGCCUCCAAACAAAGUGUAGGACCCGAACCAGAGACUCAAAAUCUAAAUCAAAAUGCAGAGUGGGAUGGUCCUGUUUAUCUUUCAUUGUAAAUAUUUGUAAUGGACUUGUUACAAACAAUAAGAGGUGAUACCUUAGUUGUGUAGGGACUGUGUAUACCAUACACAUUUAUAUGGGUCUUAGAAAUUCAGCAAAUGUGAAUUGCUAUCAAAUGUGUGGUCUGUGAACCAUGAUCUCUGUAUCCAUAUGGAUCUAAAACAAUAACAGACUUCCCUUUUAUCCUUUUAGUCACGAAAGUUUCUAAAUUAUUAAAAUCAAGGUUGACGACCAAGCUAUUGUUGAACUGUUGCAUGAAUAUACACUAAGUAGAUUGAACCAAGGAUGUUUGUAAUGUAGGUUUUUCUCCAGCCAGUCAGAUAAUCAUGUGUAAUGUGCUUAUGUCGCAGAGAGUAUGCAACACAGUCAGACAUGUAACAAUUUGUCAGUUCAUUGAAGGUUAUCUCAGUAGAUGUGUGAUCAUUUAGAUAUCGUCAAACCACAUUUUGCCUUGAUUUCCCAAGAUUCAUUGGUGGUGGACAGUUACCAAUAUGGCUUCCAAAAGGAAAUUUGCAGUUUCAAACACAGUAUUUCUAAAAAUGGUGACAAUGGCUUGGAACCUUCCAUCCACUGUGAUCCAAGCAUUUUCCACCCUGUACUAAGCAAAGGUAGACUGUACAUUUCUAGAGGGACUUUUACUCUACUUCAAAACUGACUUGGACAUCAAUAUUUCUGCCUGUGCUGUUUUCAGUAGCAUUUUUACUAAUUUGAAUACAAGAAAAAAAAAGAGAAAGCCUACCUGCAAAUCCUUGCAUCCAGUGCUACGUUAAAGAUGUGCUUUGACUUGAUUUUCAUAAUUCCCAAAUGCCUGGCCCAAGUGUACUAUGUUCCUGCUUUAGCCAGUAGCCUAUAGAGUAGACAGCCCCUGAUAGCCUGCAGCAGUAAUGGCAUACUUCCCUUCUGAUGUCAGAGAAUUAGGAGCUCUGUUUAUAUACCUCUUUCCUUAACCUUAGAAACCUAUUUUUCUGUUGAGGAUCCUGUUUGAUAAAUGUUCAUUAUCUGCAUAUAUUUGUAUUUUCAUGUGUGUUUACAAGCUACCGAAAGGUUAAGUUGUAUUUUUUUUAAUCUCUAUACAGCAAAUGUGUAGAAUAUUUUAGUACUUUAUUGUAUUAUAUGUACUCUGUCUCUUAUGUUAAAAAAACAUACACUGCAUUAUCGCAUUUAUAUCACUUUAUUUUUUAUCAUCUGGAGUGUUGGACAAUUAUAUCCAGCCUCCUAGAUUCAGUUGCCUUAUUAUGUUGAUUAUUUGCUGUUUCACAUUGUAUCUGUCAAUAGUUUUCAUUUCAAAUUUGUCAAACAUAUAGCAUAUUAACUACAAGUAAAUUGUACUACUUGUCAUGAUUCCUGAAAGUGAAAGUGACAUUGGUUUACACUUCUAGUCUUAAGAAAUGGACAGCGAUUGUUGAGCUCUUUGUUGAACCAGACUUAAAGCAUCGGCCUAAAGAAGCUACUUUUGGUUUCUGCCCCAUGGGCAUUGAUCAAAUCCAGAUUAUUUUCUACUGAGACAACUUAUAACUGAAGAUGUUAUAUCUGAAAAUUAAACAUUUCAUUUGAAGUGCAAAUGUAGGGUUGUAUCAGUCAUACAAACCUUGUUGAGUGUUUAUACUGGAUUCUUAAGAAAGGGUUCAACCUGCACCAUUAGCAGCUGGUCACGUUUUAAAACAGUAGUCCUGGUUUACCAAAUGGAUUGUAAUUGUUUUGUUUAAGAAAGUAGGUGCUUAUACAGUGUUAAUUUUACAGUGGUUAUAAAAAUGUUUUGUGGACCAACUGUUGUUUGGUUGAGUUGAAUGACUGUAGACGCUACCACUUUUUUGUUUUGAUGUUGUGACCCAAUGGAUUGGAAGUUUUGGUUAAUCAAUCUUUAUUUAUAUAGCGCCAUUUUAUAACAAAUUUUAUCUCUGUGGUUAAGAGUUCCACCUUGCUCUACUCUGGUUAUUUUUAUGGACAGAAGAUUUGGUGUCAUCCUCUGUAGCAGCUGUAUUGAACCUUUGUAGAGUAACCAGUGUUUCUCCAUUUCAUACCAAAGCCUUUAGUAUCUAACAUAAAUGAAACAAACCUUUCUAAAUGAACCCUGCGUGUGAGCAGGGCUGCAAACCCAGGUGAGUUUUCCUAUGCUAACCUUUUCACAGAGACAAUAGAAAGGUUUCCCUUUGUCACCGCUUCCUUUUAAGAUGGAUAUUUCUGGGUUGCAGUUUAAACUGUAGUCAGAGUUACAACCAAGUUAAGCCUUUGUAAUCAGUCAAAGGUCUAGAAAUAAACAAUCUUUCAUGCACUACAUUUGCUCUUUGGCGUUGGACAGCAGCUUUUUUUCCCCUGUACAGUACAUCUCUGUCAUUCAUUGCUGUUGUAUAAGCACACAAUCCUUGUUACUCUUCAUCCUGUUGUGAUCAUGUUGCCUUCAGUUUAUCCUUCUUACUAAGAAUUGUAAGACACUUCUGCUUGUACAAUAAAUUGCUUCUUGGCUUAAAACUUGAA